AUGUCCACAGCACAAUCAAGAGCUGGCACAACAGCGCUAGCGAAUGUGGAUAUACGAGGACUUUCACUUGGGAUGGUCAUCCCAGAUACCCUGCGCAACCUAUCAUUUGAUAAAGCAAUGGCAGUGACACACUCGCUUCGUGAAGAAGCAUUCAUCGGGAUCUGCGAGCUUCCAGCUCACACUGAAGAGUCAUUACCUCUUGCGUUUGGUGUCCGGAACGCUCGUCCGAUUGAUUGCACCGGGCUGAAUGGGAUCAUUGAAAGCAUCAUCGAUGAUAAUGGCCCAUCUCGACUACGACUGGAUAUGCCAGUCACAUUGAUGAUCCGGAAGCCGUGGGUAGCCAGCUCAGACUGGCCCAGAAUGAUUACUCCAGACAAUUAUGGGGGCCUCCCAACUCUUGAGUUGACGGAUGUGGGCAGGCUGGCUGCAGAUGCCGGAAAAUUGCAGCUUCUCAAUGGCCAGCAUCGGAUUACAGCUUUGAGGGCCGCAUACGAGGCCGUGAGCAAAGAUGUGAAAAAGCACAAGGAGGCAACGAAGGGGAAGUCAAUGAGUGACCUCACAACAUCGGAAGACAAGCAACUGUUCAAAGAGGCUGAGAAAAGGCUCAAGGCAGCUGAGGCCACGCUUGCUGGGCUUCAGUCAUGGCCAGCGGCCCUUUAUGACCUGGAUAUCUUGGAACAGGAUGAGGCAGUUGGGAGCCUCAUUGUGGAGCUACUCGCACGAAACAAGGAUGUUGUAGAAGUUGUGGCAUCUGAUGAGGAGAAACUGGUACCGAUGUACCAGCAUCUGUUAAGUGUUCAGGUCCAGGCUGGCUGGAUGCCAACGUUGUGGCGAUCAGCAAAAGCAGCGAGGACCAGGCCUGAAUCAAUCAAUCUCGACAUCACGGCAUUAAUGCGGCAAAAAGCUGGGUCGCAACGGAAACUCAACCGGAUUGGUGCUGAUGAACGAUCUAAUCGUGGGCUGAUGGAACUUGUCCGGGUUGGCAAGUACUAUCGUAAUUGGAAAGGGUUCACAAUAAAUCAUAUCGCAACGAAGCUUCUUGGGACGGCAUGUGCUGUGCAAAAUGAACGCCUGGCACUCCUUCUGACCGAUUCCGAUGCCGACGAUGACUUUGAUUAUCAACGGUUUGAACAACUGCUCGAGGACCUCGAUGGGAAGUUAAGUGAGAAGGUACGGGUGGAAAAAACCGAGGAACUUGAUGACCUUGCAUUGCACUUUGUCAAGACGUACAUUGACAAAGUUGAGCGGAUGCCAGCACUCGAGACAUAUUUCGAUCUCAAGUUCUGGAAAGGGAUUGAGGAUGCUGAGGAGGAGUCAGGAGUGACAACCAUUGAGAAAACCAAGGGUUCCCGUGGCAUCGUGAAGACUCAGCGGAUCUACGCUGACGAUGUCUUCCAAUUUUCUCACCCUGACCAUUUCUCGCGCUAUGUGGACUACCGAUCUGGAGUGUGGAAGGCCAUUGAGAAGGUGGUCAGACGUAACGAAGGCUUAUUGGCACCAUCGGUUGUCAAUAAGUGUCAGCAUCGAUUUAACGUCCUAUUUUCUGGUGUUAUUCACCGAUGGUACAUGAUCCUCAUGACCAAUGGGCUGCUGGCCAAGUUCGACGAGAUUGCUUCGCAAUACAAGGAAUGUUUCAGAGAGGAUGGUCGUGAACAUUGGUUCCAAACUACCAACAUGUUCGCGAACAUUCCGGUAACAUCAUUGGGUCAAAUGUUACCCAGAUAUGAUCGCGAACAUUCUGGUACCAUUGGGCCAAAUGUUACCCAGCUGUUCGCGUACAUUCCGGUAACAUUGAUCAAAUGUUACCCAGCUGUUCACGAACAUUCUGGUAACAUGGGAUCAAAUGUUACCCUAUCUAAUCACAGUGGGUAUUAUGAAUCAUAA